CCUGACAACAUCCGUUUCCGUGCGGCGCCAUUUUGAUGAAACAGCGAGGAAUGAAGAAGCUUGGACAACCGAAAUGGAUUUUAUGGAUUUAAAUUGAAGAUUAUUGUGGAUACUUAAUUUUCAGCGUUUCUUUAUGGAAGACAACCGUGCACGGAAGAGGAAUCUUUGCGUCUUAACUGCGUAACCGCCGGAUUUUGCGAGAUUAUACGACAGCUAACGUGGGAAACAUUGUUAGCAUAGCACCGUUAACCAUUAGCUGUUAGCUUUUGUUUGGCAAGUGUUUUCAUACCGUGUUUGAGUGUCGAGGCAACGUUGGCUAAUCUCGAGGUCUAGCAUGUUAGCCUUGGCAUUAGCUAACCAGCUAAUUUAACAUUCACACGGUAGACUUCGACAUCAGAAUAAUCUUUUUGAGAUCUAACAGCGACUUUUGGACUCGUUGCGGAAGCCCCCAUCCAGUGUGAGGACUUUUUUUGAGGAGCUCGGUAGUGUUUUGUCUUGACUUGAAAGUAAGAACUGUUCCAAAGAGGGAAAACAUUACCCACACGGACUGAUGCUCUGGAAACCCCAGGCCCGCUGCUAGCUACACGAGCGGCUUGUAGCGCGGCGGCCCGGGCUUUCCACCAAGGACAAAAUACGAAGGACCUGGCCUCAUUAACAUCCAUGUGAUAGAUUUACAGUGUGCUGCAUGGACUCUCUUGGAUUUGGUGGCACCCUGUUGUGUUUUAUCGGACUUUAAAGAACUGCCGAGGCACACUGCGCCGCUCAAUGGCGCGCUGGCCUCAAACCUCGAUUUUUCUUUGGCAAUAACAAGAACUGUGUCGUCAUCUGCGAGCUGAACCCUUCCUUAUUUGAGCCCUUUCUUUGUCCAGUGUUUCAGCGAAUAUAAAAGAAGGUUUACCUAUUAAAAGUCACCAGAUUUAGCCCCCUGUGUUCAGUGUUGACGCUGUUUUAUUUUAUUAUCAUACCAGGCCUGUGUUUUUUUUUUCUUUUUCCUUGUGCUUGAUUGAGUUAAGUGCUUAGACCUGUAAAAAUGUCGUGUGUUCACUAUAAGUUUUCUUCCAAACUGGACUACAACACAGUCACUUUCGAUGGGCUGCAUAUCACCCUCAGCGAGCUUAAAAGGCAGAUUAUGGGCCGAGAGCGCCUCAAGGCCACAGACUGCGACCUGCAGAUCACCAAUGCGCAGACUCGAGAAGAAUACACAGAUGAUGAAGCCCACAUCCCGAAACACUCGUCCGUGAUCGUCCGCCGCACUCCGAUUGGCGGAGUGAAACCUGCUGGCAGGACGUUCAUUGUAGAUCGUUCUGACACAGCUGUGGUGGGAUCUUCUAGACCCACCGAUUCUUCUCCUUCUAUGUCACUUGCCCAACUUGCCAAGACUGCUAACCUGGUUGACGCAAAUGCAUCAGAAGAGGACAAGAUUAAAGCCAUGAUGUCACAGUCCAAUCACGAAUAUGACCCCAUACAUUACUCCAAGAAGGCAGUUGGACCUCCACCUGCUCACUAUACCUGCUUUCGGUGUGGAAAGGCUGGCCACUACAUUCGCCAAUGUCCCUUGCUUAUGGUCCAAGAUAAGAGUGUGGAGGGUCCAAAGCAAGUGAGGAUUAGUAAAGGCAUUCCUCAGAGCUUCAUGGUGAAAGCAGAGCCAGGCACCAAGGGAGCCAUGUUGACCAGCACUGGGGAAUAUGCUAUACCUGCUAUAGAUGCGGAGGCGUAUGCACAAGGAAAGAAGGAGCGCCCUCCGUUUGUUCCUCAUGACCAAUCAUCAACUGAUGAUGAAACGGACCCAAUACCAGAUGAACUCUUGUGUCCGAUCUGCAACGACCUGAUGACUGAUGCGGUGGUUAUACCAUGCUGUGGAAACAGUUACUGCGACGACUGUAUCAGGACAGCUUUGUUGGACUCAGAGGAGCACGUCUGCUUCACAUGCAAGCAGUCAGAUGUUUCACCUGAUAAUCUCAUUGCCAACAAGUUUCUUCGACAGGCUGUGAACAACUUUAAGAAUGAAACUGGAUACACCAAACGUGUGCGCAAGCAGCUCCAAAAUGCAGCGCCACCUCCACCGCGCCCUCAACUGGUCAGGCCUCUGCACUCAAGACAGCAGGACCCACUGAUGGCAAAUGUCACUCAAGCUCCGGCUAUAAGUGCACCCAUUACCGCCCCUCAAGCACAGGUCCCAGCCUCUGCACCUGCACCUGCUGCUGCUGAUGCUGCAACUACUACUGCUCCUGCUGCUGCUGCUCCUGCUGCUCCUACUCCUCCUCAUGUUGCUGCUGCAACUGCUGUUGAAGGACAAGCUGCUUCACCAGCCCCUCCACCUGUUGUUGAACACCAUUCUCCUAUGCGGACCACCAGCCAUGGUGAACCACCGCCACCAGGUGAAACAGACCCAGAACCUACUGUGACGCCAGAAUCAUCAGGAACCUCAGAAAGUGGAUCACAGAAUUACCAUUUGAAUGUUGUUGGCCACCCGCCACCUGCGAGGCUACAUCAUCCUUCAGGUCACCAUUCACGGCCCCAUCACUCUAACAGAGGGGGAGGCAGACACUGGGACAGGCCUUUCAGAGGGAGAGGAGAGCAGUCCUCCACUCACCUCCAGACAGGUCCACCCCCUGCACCUGUUGCUCCAGUGUUUCCAGCUCCAUCCUUGUACCCGCCUCCACUGCAGUCCUACCCCUCUCCGUACACCUCUGGACCAGGCCUUGUCCCCCCUCCUGUCAGUUACCAGCCCCAGCCUCUGUAUGCGCCUGGACCACCAGUUCUCAACCCUCCUUGGGUUACUCCUGGUUCCCAGCCCCCUCUUGUGCCUCUUCCACCCUCCCUCUCUCAGCCCCCCCUCUCUAAAGAAGAUUUCUACAGACAGCGGCACCACCGACAGGAUAAAGUUACAUCUAAACUGGAUGAAUUUACAAAAGACUUCCACAAAGAGCUUAUGAAGUACAGAAAUGCACCAAAGAGACGAAGACCGUCUUAUUCCAGGUCCAGGUCAUACAGUCGCUCGCCAUUCAGCCGUUCUUACUCUCGUUCGAGAUCCAGAUCAAGGUCUCGAUCAAGAUCGAGAUCCAGGUCCUACUCUUAUUCCCCCAGUCGAUCCCGCUCUCGUUCGCGCUCCCAUGGCCGCUCUUAUCCCCACUCCCCUUAUUCUAGGCGCAAUGGACGUAGUUAUGGACGCUCACGGACAAGGUCCCGUUCUCGUUCAAGGUCUUAUGGGUAUCGGCGCUCUGGCUCACCACGCUCUCCUCCUGCUUACCGGGGAGGAGCUUGGGAGGGAGUAGAAGCACCAGGACCCUACAGGUCUAGGUCAAGAUCUCGCUCUCCUGGCUUCCGCAACCGCAGCCCUGGUCCAAGAAAACCACCUCCAAGGGAGUUUCCACCCUAUGAAUUAAAAGGUCCAAGUCCUGGUGGCCAUGAGCGCUGGGAAAGAGAGAGGCGCCAGUGGGAGAAGGAGUAUGCAGACUGGUACAACAAGUACUACAAAGACUAUGAUGGCCAACCUCCCCCAAUGCAUCACAGAGGUCGUAGCAGCAGAGACAGAGAGAGGGAUAGAAUGUCCUCAUUAACUAGAGAUUACUCCCCCCAGGGGAGAGGAAGAAGAGGGAGAGAAGAGAGAGGUGCUCCACCUCACCAUCCUCCAGCAUCUUCCUCAUCAGGUUCCAAGUCCAGCGCUAAAGUGUUGAAGACAAAGAAAGUGAAAAGGAGGAAGACCGGAGAGGAACCAGAACCAUCACACCAGUCAGUGGACAGAGGGGAUGCUACGCCCGUCAGAGAUGAACCAAUGGAUGAAAUCCCUUCAUCCAUCAAAAUGCCUCCCGUCUCGUCAAAACCUCUAGUUGGCGCCUCAACCACUAAAGCUCCAGCCUCUAAAAGCACUGUUGCACCUGCUAAACCCUCAACCAAGUCGACAUCAAAGACGCAGUCAGACAAGACCAAGAGAGAGAAGCCUUCAAAGGUAAAAGCUAAAGUUAAGACAGAGAGUGUUAAGGUAAAAAGCGACAAAGUGAAAAAGAAGACUGGAGAAGGAGUGGUGACCAAAAAGAAAGAUUCCUCAUGCUCCUCUGUUGCUAAACCGGUAAAGACCAUUAAAGCCAAACCUGAAGAUGCCCCCAACGUAACUACUCCUAAAAAAGAAAAGGGUAAAAGCUCCUCUGUGAGGCCUGCCCUGCUGAAGACCCCUCCAUUGUCCUCACAGAACCUCUCUCUGCAUCAUCCCUCUAUUCAUGACGGCCCUCGAUCGAGCCAUGACAUGCGAGGUAGAAGAGAUGUCCCACAGAGCGGUGGCCUUCUUCCCCUCCCCCAUCAACAUGGACUCCCGCUCCUCCAUCGACCUCCCUCCCCAGUGGACAGUCGGAGGCGGAUGGGAGAGGAGGGUCGCUCCUUGCUUGGACCUCCUCCUGGAAAGCUGAGGAGACUAGAUGGGUUAGGAGGUGGAAGUGAUAUCAUCUCCCACUCACACAUGUCUCAUCAGCCCCCGCUCCAUAGACUCCCACCCUCGUCAGACAGGCCUGGACUCCUUCCCCUGCCAGGGACUCGGGAGAUGAGCCGUGGAGAAGCUGAUCGUGGACCUAUCAGACCUCUGAUGGACCUUCAGCUGGGUCGGAUGCAUGUACAGUCCACAGACACACAGGUGAAGCCAACAACCCAGAGGAAAAUCAAGUUGAACCGAGAUCUGGGGAGAAAAGGCAGCACCGAGUCUGCACCCUCGGACAGAACAUCAUCAGGUCCUGAGAAGACUACCUCCACGUCAGACCGUUCAUCUGCUGCUCACAACUCUGACGGAGACCGACACAGCAGCACAGCCGAAGGUGCUGGAAGAAAGGAGCGGUCUGCAUCUGCUGAAAGGGGAGUCUCCAGAGAGAGACCAGGAAGUGCUGGAGAGAGACAUCAAGGCUCAGACAGAGACCAGAGCAGAAGCUCCGGACUGGACAGAGAGCGAGACCGAGCCUCUGGAUCAGACCGAGAAAGAGACAGAGGCACAACGUCUGACCGAGAGAGGGACAGGACAUCGAGCUCAGGCUCACAGAAGGCAGCAGUAACUGUGGAGAGAGACGCGGAAGGAGAGAGGUCGACAAAGACAGAUCGAAAGACCUCCAGUGGUGGAAGUGCAGGAGGGAGGUCUGUCUCUCUGGAUAAAAUGACCAUCGCAGAGAAAUCCGCCGUCGCCAAGAAACAGACAGACCACCAGGAGAAACCAAGCACAUCCUCCAAGGAGAGAGGCGAGGGGUCUGAAAGAGCUGCUAAAUCUGACAGGAGUGUGUCCAAGGACAGAGCCGAGAGGAGCGUCCCCUCAGGAGAGAAACCAGCUGCUGCUCACAGAGAAGCAGGGAAAGAUGGUGAGGAACCUGUUGUGAAGAGCAAACCCAGGAUCAGUCGCAAGGCCUUGACAAGCCACACCACGAGCUCCACCAGGUCAACUCAAGAAACAAAGCGAGACUCUGACAAAGACCAAAAGAGUCAAUCCUCCAAAACCACAGAGCAGCCUCCAUCUAGUCCUGUGAACAGCCGUGCCCGCAGCCCGAGUGUCAGCCCAGUAACCAGCCCGGCGAGGGAAGAGCCACUCAUUCAGCCUCCUCCACGCUCAAAGUGGGAGAGAGAAGAUGAUGAAGAAGGCCAGGAAAAUGGGCUUACGGCACCCAAGGAGCCCUCACCAGUACCACAGAGGAGCAGAGGCAGAGAAGCACAGACGGAAGCACCUAAACCUGCCAGGAGUGAAGGCUGGGAAGCCCCAAGGGAGGAGAGGAGAGGAGCAGUCAGAGAGGAGAGGAAAGGGAGAGCUCCAAGGGAGGAGGGUAAAGGUGGCAGGAUGGCACCGACAAAUUCUGAUAAACCAACCAAAACAAAACUUGUAAGGGAGGAGGGGAGAGGAGUGAGAGAAGAAGGGAGAGCUUCAGCAAGAGAGGAGGGUAGAGGAGGAGGAGGAAGAGAGGAGGGGCGAGGUGGGACAGGAAAGGAGGAGAGAGCAGCAGAAGGCAGAGUUGGUGGAGGACGAGAGGAGAAUCGUGGCCCCGAGCCCAGGAGACAGCGUUUGUGCUCUGACCUGGGUCGUGAGACAGACGAGGCGGCCUUUGUGCCCGACUACAGCGAAGGGGAAGGCUCAGAGCAGGAGAGAGGGAGGAGUGGCAGCCCCAGCCUGUCCAACAGCCAGCCAUCCAACAGCCCCACCCAGAGCAACCACAGCGGCUCAGGAACAGCAGCAGACAAGAAGAAGAAAAAACACAAGAAACACAAAAAACACAAAAAGCACAAGAAGCAUGGCAGCCAAGAAAAGGGAGAACAGAAGGAACACAAGGAGCACAAGCACAAACACAAGAAAAAGAAACACAAAAAGAACAAAGACAAAGAUGCGGGGGACGAGGAGGAGAAGAUGGACAAGGCAGAGGAAGGGGCUCCAUGCUAAUAGGCUGAGACUGCAGCUUUGUUCACAAGGACGUAGUGAUUUAACUAGAAAUAUCAGCUAACACUGGCAUGCUGCUUCAUAUGCCACUCAAAGGGAAUGGAUGAAACACGUCUUUGGCUGUCCGUGACACUGCAGACAGGCUGCCUGGUUGUUAUUCUACAACUUAAUGUCACUGCAGUUCCCCAAACGUAGACGGUAUCUGUCAUCCUCAGCAUUGUGACCGCUGCUGAGGAAUCUUGAUGUUCAGUGUGAGCCUAUUUAGUGACUUUGGGUGAGGAAAAAAACUCGAGAGAUGCUGUGCCCCGCUCUAUCGCGAUCAACUUGAGCUGACCAGAAAGAACGUUAUGGUGAUAAUUGAUCACACAGCAGUCAAUCUAAAUGAUUGGAAUAACAAACACUGUACUCAGGGAUGUGAUUGCUUCUUUGUGGAGGAGGAAUUGCUGUUUCUCUGCCUCUGAUUCAUUUGUAUAUAGAGAUUAACUGUUGCUUCACAUAAUGAUGAUCAUUUUUCCUGUUUAUUUUGCUCACAUCCCUGUUGGCUCUUCAAGGCUUAAAUGCUGAAUAACCUUCAUUGCUACUAAGGCCAUUGGAAGCUCUUUUUCGAAGGAUUGUACUAGCAGCUUUGCAUGUUUCAGCACAUUUACUACAAAAUAUUAAUUCUUUCUGUUAAUGCUAACCAUUUUCAUAAUCUAUUUUUUACACAGCCAUUAGUCUCAGUUAAUGCCAGAACAAUUAUUUGCUUCUUUUUUUUUUCCUUAUAUUUUUUUCUUCAUAGCAAGGUUAAAACUUUGCAAGACUUUCCCACCAAACAUGAACAUAGUAUUUGUAAUUAAUGUGUUAAAACUUGCAAAAUCACCAGUAUGGUCCUUUCAUGUUAAAACAAACCUUAACGCGUAUGUGCUGCACUGGAUUGUAUAAAUCUAGGAUGUGUUUAUUAAAAAUUUGCAAAUCAGUCUGCAUGUUUUUGUUCCAAAGGUGCAGUAGUCUUUCACAGUGUCUGAGUGAGUGAAUGUGUGUGGUGGUGUGAAAGUGAACUGUGACAGAAAUGGGAUGAGUUGGAUGACUAGUGUUCUUACAAACAAGUUGUUCAUUAUUAUUAUUUUUUUUAAUUAAAAUGUUUUGACCUCAUGAAAA